AUGCACUUCAGACUAGGCGCGGAAGAGCUCUCAUCUAGAGCCGGCGAGACACCACCAUAUCCCACUGUCAACGACAUGAUAACGGAUGUUCAAAAGGGCAUAGACCACCUGUCCGGUCUACUUCACCUCGUCACGGACGAGCCUCACGAAGAACUGACCUACUCCCGCUUACUGCAUGCACUGGUCAGAGUAUCGACCAGCGCUGCCGCUGUGACAAAACACAUAGAUGAAAACUUGGGCACCUGGAAGGCUAAAGACAUUGCUUCGAUGGACGAUGAGGUUGAACGUUAUGAACUAGUGCCGGGUGUUAUUAACGUCACCAUGACGGAAGGGAAUGAUCAUUAUGUGCUAGUGCCGGAGACUACGCGAAUGACGCUUGAAAUCCGAAAAUGA